GGAAGUUAUAAUAAGGACUGCGAGCCUUCUUUUUAUGACAGAAGCAACUUUGUUCGGAGCAGGUAUGAGGCGGACUUCCCGAUGUUCCUGGCUUAGGAUUCUUCUUUCGUCGUCGGUCUGGACUUUUGGAUACAUGCUUCUCUUUGGCUGAGAAGCUCAAGGUUACAUUUUCCACUUUAUAGCCAGCUCUACUCUGCAUUGCCAUGAGCUGUGGCCCACAAUUGAUCGCUUUCACCCGUGCCCAGGAUGAAUCAGAUCUAUGGAAAGAUGGGCAUGUCCAGAAAAAAAACCACCCGGUCACCCCUAUCAAUGGCCAGGAGGAAAGGAAUGCAGAUGGCGAAACAGCCCACAGCUUCUAUGAGAGCUUGUUCCUUUCAGGUGAUCCUGGGAGAGCAUCACGCAGGAAACGCAAGGUGCCUUCUGCACAUCCACCAGCACAGGAGACUGCUCACACCCAGAACCAACCUGCACAGACAGACACCCGCAAAGGAAACCAGCUCUUGAAAGCUGCUCAGGAUGGUAACCUCAAGGCCCUGCGGGCAUUAGUGGAGAAGGAAAAGUGUGAUGUGAACUAUAGGGACAGUUAUUAUUGGACAGCCACAAUGUGUGCGGCUUAUGCUGGGCAGACGGAGGCUGUAAGGUAUCUGCUGAGCUGCGGUGCUGCCUGGGUGGGGGUUUGUGAGCCACAAGGCCGAGACGCUGUGGAUUUGGCAGAAGAAGCGGGGCACCAGGAAGUGGUGGAGGUCCUGCAGGAAAGUGGAAGGCCCCGUGUGAAGGAGGAGUCUUCCAGUUCAGAGACACUGCCCGAGAGAAAAUACUGUGCUGUGUGCCAGGCUCACUACAGCGAGGACACAGUGGCCCUCCAUGAGCGCUCCACAGCCCACCUUUUCAAUCGGCGUGAUCCCCUACCCCCGACGCGAUACCACAUCCCAGAGAACAAUGUGGGCUUCCGUCUGAUGGUCAAGGGUGGCUGGGACCAGGAAGCUGGCCUCGGACCGGAGGGCACUGGCCGCAAGUUCCCCAUCCAGACAGUCCUCAAGCGAGAUCAGAAGGGCCUGGGCUUCUGCAGCAACCUCAAGCCCAAGAUUACCCACUUCAACGCCCAUGACCGUACUGCUGUGGCGCAGCCUAAAGGUCAGCGGCCCAGGACGGAAAGGGCUGCUACAGUGGGGAAACGGGAGGCUCGGCACAGGGAGGCCAAAGCUCAGGCUUGGGAACGCAACCUCCGCACUUACAUGAACCUUGACCUUUGAACUUGUGCUGGACAGCAAAGCUUCAUGCCUCGGUUUGCCUCAGUUAGUGGCUCAGGAUCGGACUGCAGGAGAGAGAUCUGGGAGGGAAGGAAGCCAGGAACUGCUUCCCUUUGGUAGCCAGGGAGGAGAACUACAAUGACAGUCUCCCGGUCUGCCUUUGAAGUAGGUUGGCCUUCUGUGUACAGUGGUAAAAGUGCAUCAAUAAAUACUGUGUAAAAAU